AUCUGAGCAACUCGAUCUCUUUCUCAAUACCUGCAGAGCGAGCUGCCUCUCUCUCUAUCUCUCUCUCUCCCCCCCAAAAAAAAAAAAAAAUGAAGCACCAAUCCAUUGAGCUUCCCUUGGGGAAAACCCAGCAACUACCGAAGUCCCCAAAGAUAGUUCUACUUAUAAUCUUUACCCUAGUUUUUCUCACAGUCAUCCCCUACUACCCAUUGCUAAAGUACCCUCUAUACCUUCUCAACCACUCUUCAAAACCAACAUCUUCAUUUGAUUCUAAGGAUGAUUUACUCAGUAUACCGUCCAGUACUACUGAGAAGUGCGACCUAUUUUCAGGAGAAUGGAUUCCAAAUCCGAAAGCUCCGUAUUAUACAAACACGACGUGUUGGGCAAUACACGAGCAUCAAAAUUGCAUGAAAUAUGGGAGACCGGACUCUGAAUUCAUGAAGUGGAGGUGGAAACCAUCUGGGUGUAACCUACCUAUUUUCAACCCAGCACAAUUUCUAGAACUGCUCAGAGGGAAGUCAUUGGCCUUUGUUGGAGACUCUGUUGGAAGAAACCAAAUGCAGUCUUUGAUCUGCCUGCUGUCCAGGGUAGAAUAUCCUAUAGAUGUUUCAUACACAUCUGAUGAAAGGUUCAAACGUUGGAAAUACACAAGCUACAACUUCACCAUGGCCAGUUUUUGGACACCCCAUUUGGUAAAAUCCAAGGAAGCGGACAAUAAUGGUCCAACCCACACAGGCCUCUUCAGUCUCUACCUCGACGAGUUCGAUGAGAAAUGGACGACCCAAGUCGAAGAAUUUGACUACCUUAUCAUCUCUGCCGCCCACUGGUUCUUCCGGCCAAUGGUAUUCUAUGAAAAUCACCGGAUAGUUGGCUGCCACUAUUGUCUCCUAGACAACAUUACCGACCUAACAAUGUACUAUGGCUUCCGAAAAGCAUUUCGGACUGCCUUUAGAGCCAUUAAUAGCCUAGAGAAUUACAAGGGCAUAACAUUUCUUAGGACUUAUGCACCGUCACAUUUUGAAAAUGGGUUGUGGAACCAAGGUGGGAAUUGCGUGAGAACUAGGCCAUUCAGGAGCAACGAGGCAAAAUUGGAGGAUCAAAACUUAGAGCUGUACAUGGCGCAGGUGGAGGAAUUUAGGAAGGCAGAAAGAGAAGGAAAAAAGAAGGGUUUGAGGUAUAGGUUACUGGAUACAACGCAAGCAAUGCUAUUAAGGCCAGAUGGUCACCCCAGUAGAUAUGGGCAUUGGCCUCAUGAAAACGUGACAUUGUACAAUGACUGCGUACAUUGGUGCUUGCCAGGCCCCAUUGACACAUGGAGCGACUUCCUGCUGGAGAUGUUGAAGAGAGAGGGAGUGAGGUCCCAUGAAGAGAAGCUUCAAUUUUUAAGAGACAGAAAACUGCAAGUCAGAUAGAUCUUCAUGUACGUACUUGGUUUAUGUUUCUUUGUUGUUGUAAUUUGUAGCAAUCAUUUACUGUUGGAAUCUC